AUGGCGACGCAACUCGUUCCCUUGCCGGAGGUUGAGCGCCUCAGCCCUAUUUGCAUCCGCGUUUUGGCUGGCAAUCCGGGGAAAUUCACGCUGCAAGGCACCAACACGUACCUGCUCGGCCGGGGCAACCGACGCAUACUCAUCGACACCGGUGAGGGCAAGCCAUCUUGGAUAGCAGCCGUCAAGUCAAUUCUUGAGCAGGAAAAGGCCGCCAUCGAAACUGUGUUGAUCACUCACUGGCACGGCGAUCACCAAGGCGGCAUCGAACAGUUGCGCAGUUUGUCGCCCGCGUCCAAGAUUUACAAAAACCAACCCGAGGAGGGCCAGUUGGACAUUCAGGAUGGUCAGAAAUUCGUCGUCGAUGGAGCCAGCCUCACGGCCAUUUUCACCCCGGGACACACGGUGGAUCACAUGGCAUUCGUCUUGGGAGAAGAGGACGCCAUGUUCACGGCGGACAACGUUUUGGGCCAGGGAACAGCUGUGUUCGAGGACCUCGCCACUUAUAUCAACAGCCUGGACAAAAUGCGGCGCCUGUUCAAGGGCAGAGCGUAUCCGGGACAUGGGCCAGUCAUUGACAACGGCCCAUCAAAAAUCGUCGAGUACAUCAACCACAGAAAGACGAGAGAGGAUCAGGUCAUCCGUACGCUGAAGACCAAGAGAGAAGCCGGUGCAGAGGGCCCACGGGAUGCCUGGACACCUAUGGAGCUGGUCAAAGUCAUAUACCACGAUGUGCCGGAGGAGUUGCAUGCUCCGGCGUGCGGUGGGGUCAUUCAGAUUCUUGAUAAGCUUGAAAACGAAGACAAGGUUACUCAGAGCAACGACAGAUGGACAUGGAAAGAUCGAUCGUCGUUGUAG